CAAAAAUGUAAAAAACAAGCGUCCUUCCUUGUUGAAAGAUGUAAAAGUUUGUAAUUCAAUUCGGGAAAGAGAGACUAACAUACUAUUUCGUGACUGGCAAAGUUUCAACUUUCAAGUACUUGUUGGCCGAAAUCCGUGCUUCCUGUUACCUGUAUUCAACGAAACAAUCACGUUUUUAGUGUUCACGCCCCACCUCAUUUCAUUUCCUUCCGUUUCGUUUUCUAAACGUCUGAUAUGAUGCAGAUUAUAUGAAUGCUCGCUGGCAUUCACGUUUAUCUCAGUUCCUGGAAAUCCCGAGUAGUGAUGCGACUUGGAGGAGAUCUAUAUAAGCGCAUAUAGAUAGAGCAGAGACGUACACAGACACAUAUCUCGAAGGAGAAGACGAGACAUGGACGCGGUAAAGGGCAAUGUCGGAGUGAAGAUAAAGAUCGGAGUGUGCGUAAUGGAAAAGAAGGUUUUUUCUGCUCCCAUGGGGCACAUUCUGGACAGAUUACAGUCAUUCGGCGAAUUUGAGGUUCUGCACUUUGGUGACAAUGUUAUCCUUGAGAGUCCAAUUGAGAGCUGGCCAAUCUGCGAUUGUUUGAUUGCCUUCCAUUCUAGUGGUUAUCCUCUGAAGAAGGCUGAAGCAUAUGCUGCAUUAAGAAAGCCUUUCCUUGUAAAUGAAUUGGAGCUACAACAUCUUCUCCAUGAUCGAAGGAAAGUGUACCAGCGCCUUGAGAUGUGUGGAAUUCCAGUCCCAAGGUAUGCCUGUGUAAAUAGGGAAGUACCCUAUCAAGAGCUAGAUUAUUUCGUUGAGGAAGAGGAUUUUGUUGAAGUUCACGGGAAUCGCUUCUGGAAACCUUUUGUCGAGAAACCUGUUGAUGCUGAUGACCACAGUAUAAUGAUAUACUAUCCCAGCUCAGCAGGGGGAGGAAUGAAAGAAUUAUUCAGGAAGGUCGGUAACCGCUCAAGUAAGUUCCAUCCAGAGGUUCGAAGUGUCAGGCGCGAGGGCUCCUAUAUUUAUGAGGAAUUCAUGCCUACAGGAGGAACAGAUGUUAAGGUUUAUACUGUUGGCCCCGAGUAUGCACAUGCAGAGGCAAGAAAAUCCCCCGUUGUUGAUGGUGUUGUAAUGAGGAAUCCUGACGGAAAAGAGAUCAGAUAUCCUGUUCUUCUUACCCCUACUGAGAAGCUGAUGGCAAGAGAAGUUUGUAUUGCCUUUAAGCAGGCUGUUUGCGGUUUUGAUCUCUUGCGUAGCAAUGGGCGUUCAUAUGUCUGUGAUGUCAAUGGGUGGAGCUUUGUGAAGAAUUCCUACAAAUACUAUGAUGAUGCUGCUUGUGUGUUGAGGAAAAUGUUUCUAGAUGCAAAAGCCCCACAUCUUUCAUCAACUAUUCCACCCACAUUGCCAUGCAAAUCUAAUGAACCAAUUCAGCCUUCGGAAGGUUUAACACGCCACGGGAGUGGACUUAUUGGCACAUUUGGGGAAUCUGAAGAGCUACGCUGUGUGAUUGCAGUAAUUCGACAUGGUGAUAGAACUCCAAAGCAGAAAGUGAAGUUAAAGGUUACUGAGGAAAAGCUGUUGAAUUUGUUGUUGAAAUACAAUGGAGGAAAAGCUAGAUCUGAGACAAAGCUUAAGAGUGCUGUUCAGCUACAAGACCUCUUAGAUGCCACAAGAGCACUGGUGCCACAAACUAGACCUGGUCAGGAAAGUGAUAGUGAAGCAGAAGACCUAGUUCAUGUAGAAAAACUUCGUCAAGUCAAAGCUGUACUCGAGGAGGGGGGGCAUUUUUCGGGCAUUUAUAGGAAAGUUCAAUUAAAGCCGCUAAAGUGGGCUAAAGUUGCAAAACCUAAUGGUGAAGGUGAAGAAGAGAAACCUGUGGAAGCUCUUAUGGUCCUUAAAUAUGGUGGUGUUCUUACUCAUGCUGGCAGAAAGCAGGCUGAAGAGCUGGGAAGAUAUUUUAGGAAUCAUGUCUAUCCUGGUGAAGGUACAGGCUUGCUUCGUCUCCACAGUACUUACCGCCAUGACCUUAAAAUAUACAGCUCAGAUGAAGGGCGUGUGCAAAUGUCAGCUGCUGCUUUUGCCAAAGGACUUCUAGACCUGGAAGGGGAGCUGACACCCAUACUGGUCUCCCUGGUAAGCAAGGAUGCGUCUAUGUUGGAUGGACUUGAAAAUGCCAGUAUUGAGAUGGAAAAAGCAAAGACUAAAUUGAAUGAAAUUAUAACUUCUGGAGUAACAAAAGUUCAUAGUAACGGAUCAUCAGAGAAGCCCUGGAUGGUUGAUGGAGCCGGAGUCACUACAAAUGCAUCCGAACUUCUCCCCAAAUUGGUGAAAUUGACUAAAAAAGUGGCAGAACAAGUUUGGGUUCUUGCAAAGUAUGAAGCUGAGGAACUUUCUGAGACGAGCUCGUGUGAUGUUAUUCCACCAUAUGAUCAAGCUAAGGCACUUGGUAAAACAAAUAUAGAUGUUGAUCGCAUUGCUGCUGGUUUACCGUGUGGCAGUGAGGGAUUCCUUCUAAUGUAUGCAAGGUGGAGAAAACUUGAAAGGGAAUUGUAUAACGAACGCAAAGAACGCUUUGACAUCACACAGAUUCCAGAUGUGUAUGAUUCAAGCAAGUAUGACCUUUUGCAUAACUCACAUCUAAAACUUGAAGGGUUACAUGAACUUUUCGGGGUUGCAAAGUUACUUGCAGAUGGUGUUGUUCCUAAUGAAUAUGGGAUAAAUCCACAACAAAAGCUAAAGAUUGGCUCAAAGAUUGCUCGCCGCUUGUUAGGGAAGCUUUUGAUUGAUUUGAGGAAUACACGCGAAGAGGCGAUUAGUGUAGCUGAGUUGAAGAGAAAUGAGGACCAUGAUCCAGUAAUUGGUAAGGAAAGUGCAGAUUAUCAUCUGAAGCCUCGUGCAAAAACUGAAGACCCAAGAAAAUCAGGCUUCACCAGUGAAAAAUCAAUAGAUCAGGAUGAGGAUGAUGAUAAAGAGACUAAGUAUCGCUUGGACCCAAAAUACGCAAAUGUGAGAACACCAGAGCGGCAUGUAAGGACACGCCUUUACUUUACAUCGGAAUCUCAUAUUCAUUCCUUGAUGAAUGUCAUCCGUUACUGCAAUCUGGAUGAAUCUCUUCAAGGAGAGGGAAGCCUUGUUAGUGACAAUGCCUUGGAGAAAUUAUUAGGAACAAAGGAGUUUGACUAUAUGAGCUACAUUGUUUUAAGAAUGUUUGAAGACACAGAGUUGGCACUAGAAGACCCUAAGAGGUAUCGUAUAGAAAUGACUUUCAGCCGUGGAGCAGAUAUAUCAUCUUUGGAGGAAAACGAUGUAGAGGCUGAUAGUACAUGGCAUCAGGAACACAAGUUGCCAAUAAUGGGAGCUGAGAGGCUUCAAGAAAUGGGAUCAUAUCUAACGUUGGAGAAGUUGGAGAAGAUGAUGCUGCCAUUUGCAAUGCCAGCUGAGGAUUUCCCCCCGCCAUCAACACCACAAGGAUUUUCAGGCUACUUCUUGAGAAGUGCUGCUGUGCUAGAGCGAUUAGUAAAUCUUUGGCCCUUUCAUAAGCAUGGGAACAGUAAAUGAAAACAAAGUGCAAGCUAUUGUUUGAAAAUAAUAGGACCUGAAUCUACUAACACAUCAGAAGUUGUAGAAGAUGAUGAUGCGUCCAUUUGUCAACAGGAAAAUUACCUUUUAAUUCUCUUAGCGGUUUAAUAGACUGUUUUGUUCAACUUCAGAUCCAUCAUUGAUUCAUGUACUUAAGAAAUUGACAAGGAUGAAAUAGUUCUCACCCCUGCCUUGAUAAAUUUGUUUGUAUAUGUUUCUGAUCUACAUAUAUAGAAAGGUUCCAUCACAAUAGAAACU